AAUAACUCCCUCAUUGUAUCGGGUUUGAGAAAAACAUAAAGCCCAGAGCGCUCCAAUAUUUGUUUGCUUAUUGUAUCUAACUUACUGGAUCUUUUGAUGAACAGAGUAUUUUGAUACCUCUUCUUAAGUCAUGGACAUCCCUGUUUAGAUUGAUCUGGCGCUGUACAUUUUGCCCUGGAACAGGAACUUGUAUUCACACUUUUUCACCUUCUAUUUUCCAAGAAUGGCGGCAAAUGAGGGAGAUGAGGCUACUGUUUCUUUGGUAGAUGUUUUGGAAGAAGAUGAAGAGUUGGAGAAUGAGGCAUCUGCUGUUUUAGCUGGUAGUGAUUCUGAGAAGUGUUCCUAUCCCGAGGGCUAUGUGAAGCGACAAGCCCUCUAUGCCUGCAGCACCUGCACACCAAAGGGGGGCCAGCCAGCCGGAGUCUGCCUGGCCUGCUCCUACAAAUGCCAUGAAGGCCAUGACCUUUUUGAGCUCUACACCAAAAGGAAUUUCCGCUGUGACUGUGGAAAUGGCAAGUUUGAAGAGAUGAGGUGCAAGCUAUACUCAGACAAGGAUCAGUUGAACACUGAAAACAAAUACAGCCACAAUUUUUGGGGUCUGUAUUGCACCUGUAACAGACCGUAUCCAGACCCAGAAGACCCGGUUGAAGAUGAGAUGAUACAGUGCAUUGUCUGCGAGGACUGGCUUCAUGGCAGGCACUUGGGCUGUCCUGUGCCAGAGUGUGUGGAGCUCCAGGAGAUGGUGUGUGAGUCCUGCAUGAACAAUGCUCCUUUCCUGUGGACCUACGCUACCCAUCUGGCAGUGCCUGCUGCGACCAAAGCAAGCCCCUGCAAAGCAGAAGGGGAGGUGACGAACGAAGAGGGGGACCGUGAGGAGGGAAAGAAUACAACAGCGGAGGCCUCCACGAGCCUCAAUAACCAGGGUGAAGAGAAGGUAAAAUCCAAUGGGGUGCCAGGCUGCAAAAGGAGGCACCAGGAGAUGGAGGGAGGCUCGCCCUCCAAAGCCCCCUCCGAUUGCAGGUUCAAGGAGCUGAGGGGCACAGGUACAGAGAGAGCAGAGUUUGGAGCUGUAUUCUGGCCCUCAGCCUGGAGAACCAAACUCUGUUCCUGUGUCAGCUGCAAGAAAUCCUACGCCGAAGCUGGUAUGUCCUUUCUCCAGGAUGAGUCAGACACGGUCUUAGCCUACGAGAACAAAGGCAAGACCACCGAACAGGAGCAGGCGGGGGCCGCCGAGGGUUGCGACCCCCUGAUGUCAGCCCUUAAUACCCUGGGCCGGGUUCAGCAGCUGGAGAUAAUCCACGGGUACAAUGACAUGAAGACUGAGCUGAAGGAUUUCCUGCAGAGAUUUGCUGCAGAAGGAAAGGUGGUGACUCCCGAGGACAUCCGACAGUUCUUCGAACAGCAGCAGAACCGCAAGAGACGACGGGCCAAUGCGGGCCAGUACUACUGCAGCUGAGCAGUCCAUCCGGACCACAACUCCCCGUCUCCCCUCUCCACAUUUCUCCAACACCUGUCAGUAUAGUUGUAUUCUUUUUCUUCUUCCCACUGAAUGUCAUUGCCUUGCGUCCAAUAUCUUCUAGUCCAAAUCCUCAGACGUUAUUGUUUGAACUUUGUAUGAGCUUUUGUGUUAUCUUGUUCUGGGCAGUAUGCUUUGUUGUACUGUACUCGGGGCUCUGCAGUGUGAUUUGUCUAUUGAGGCUAAGCAGGUUAAUGAACUGGCAUUUGAUUGAUGUGGAUGACACUGGUUAUCUUUUUCUAUAGGGAAUUGUUAGUCUAUCAUAGCUCUCCCUCAAGUGUUCCAGACAAAACAGACUCCAGUUCAUGGUGACCCCUUGACCUUUUCAUUUACCUUUUUAUUUGAAGAUAAACUUCAAUGGAUUUGCUCUUAAAGCUCAUUCAAAUGGAAUGCAUUAUCUAUUGCUGUGCUGCAAAUCAGAACUGGUUAAGCUGGUCAAAACAAAGGCAUUGUUUUGUCUAGUCGUUCAUCGUUCCUGCAACAUGCUUUCUUUCAACUCAUUCCUUUGACAAUGUAUCAUUUUGUAUUUGUCCUUAGUGGCAUCACAGCUGUUUGUAGAUCGCAUGAUUGCAGAACCCUGGCCCAUUAGUAUGGUUUGUAUUUUAAAGGACCACGUUUAAAUGUUACCAUUGGUUUCCCUGCUCCUUUUUAAUGUUCACUCUAAGAAAUAAAGCUAUGAAUAAUGUAAA